AUGUGGAACAAUCCUUCAAGAGCAUGGAUAUACAAUCGGAUCGAUCCGUUCACUAAUCAUAUCUCAUCGGAUUAUUCGGCGGGUGUGGAAGAGUUCAUCGAUUUUGCCUGUAGCCAUGCACAAAAUAGCAGAGGUAGGUUUUACUGCCCUUGUGUAGUAUGUCACAAUUCGAAGUCUUUGAAAGCUGCCUCUGUUUCGAAUCAUUUGCUAAGUAGGGGGUUUAUGCCUAACUAUUAUGUAUGGUAUGAACAUGGUGAAGAUUAUGAUGUUGUUGGGGAGGGAACUAGUAGUCAUUAUGCUAAUAAUACAUAUUAUGCUAGUGCUAGUGAACCAAUAGGAUUGGAUGGGGAGAAUAUAUAUGCUGGGAUGGUGAAUGAUGCAUUUCAUGGUUCUGUACCAUAUAACGAGUAUCAUGAACAUGAAAGUGGAAAUGAUCAUGUUCAUGAACAACCCACCCAAGAAGCAAAACGGUUUUAUGAUAUGCUAGCUGCUGCAAACACGCCACUGUAUGAUGGAUGUCGGGAAGGGCAGUCGCAGUUAUCGUUGGCAGCUCGGUUCAUGAACAAUAAGGUCGACUACAAUUUGUCUGAAAAUUGUAUGGAUUCAUGGACAGGACUGUUUACGGAGUAUUUACCAAAGGGUAAUCAAGCAAGCGGUUCAUACUAUGAGACGGAGACUUUGAUGCGAAAGCUAGGAUUAUCGUGUCGUACAUAUGAUGUAUGUAUAGAUAACUGUAUGCUCUUUUGGAAAGAUGAUGAGAAGUUGGAGCAUUGCAAGUUCUGCGGCAAACCAAGGUAUAAGGCUAGUGAAGGAAGAACAAGAAUACCGUUCAGUAAGAUGUGGUAUUUACCGAUUGCGGAAAGGCUGAAGAGAAUGUACCAAUCUGAGAAGACUGCAGCUUUUAUGAGAUGGCACGCUGAGCACAGCUCUGAGGAGGGAUUAAUGUGUCAUCCUUCAGAUGCGGCUGAGUGGAAGAAUUUUCAGCAAUUGCAUCCCUCAUUUGCAGCAGAACCGCGCAAUGUUUAUCUUGGAUUAUGUACAGAUGGUUUCAAUCCUUUUGGGAUGUCGAAACACCAUUCAUUAUGGCCAGUGAUAUUGACUCCAUACAACUUGCCUCCUGGGAUGUACAUGAACACAGAGUAUUUGUUUCUGACGAUUUUGAAUUCAGGACCGAAUCAUCCAUGA